AUGACCGACGACUCCAAGAUCUCCAAAGGCGGAUGGAGCGAUCGCGAACUGCUCGUCAGUGUCCUCUACCUCAUCAACAAAAGCGGCUCCGUCUUCAACUACAACGAGGGCUGCUACCCACCCGGUCGCAACGCCAGCGGCUUCAAGCAAAAGCUGAACGCGCUCAAGAACUCGCUGAAGCCAGAGUGGGAGGCCAUGGAGGCUGGUGUACCCAUCUCCCUGAAUAUACCUAAGAAGGCUGCUACGCCGCGCAAGCGCAAGGCUAAGACUGACGACGAGGGCAACACUGGCGAGAUCACCCCUAAGAAGGGCCGUGGUCGUCCCAAAAAGAAGUCACCUACUCCAGAGGUUGAAAAUGACCAGGAUGACUUGGAUAUCAAGUCUGAAAUCAAGGGAGAGGAUGAAGAUGAGUAUGACAUCCUGGAGGAGGCUGAGCUGAUCUGA